GUGAAUAAACAGUGUCUGUGAUUAGAUCGUUUUAUUAAAAAAAAGAAAAUAUUACAAAAAUUAAUUAAACAAAAAAAGUCGAAUUAAUUAAACGUAAUAGAUUUGUAUAGCUACAAGAAAAAAUAUUCAAAAAUAUUAAAAUAUUACCCAUACAAACAUGGAUCAAAAACAUGCCAUGCUUUAUUCCGAUACCGGUAACAUAUCAGUCGAUCAGCAUAGUUCGUCUGCUGCUGCCAUUGGUUUGCCUAUAGAACCACCACCAACCUAUGAUGCGGCCACUAGAGAAGCCACACCUUCAGCACCUUUAGGUUGGACAACAAAUACCCCCGAUAUACAUUACCCCACUAGUUUGCAAUAUAGCCCCCAUAUAAAUCAUCAUCAUUUACCGGUCAUUGUCGAACAGUCAAAUUUUCCAUUACCAGUGAAUCAACAACAACCUCAGCCACCUCUGACGCAGCAACAACAACAGACAGAUGGAGUGCCAAUUACUAUUCAACCUUCAGUAAAUCUUAGCUCAAAACUUGGACCAAAUCCCUCGACUGUAACGUGUCCCAACUGUGGGGCGAAUAAAACAACACGGAUGUGCUAUACACCAAAUACAAGAACACAUUUUAGUGCUUUACUCUUGUGUUUAGUGGGAUGGUGCUGUUGUGCUUGUAUUGUGCCUUAUUGCAUGAAUAGCUGUCGUACUGGUAAUCAUUAUUGCUCUAAAUGUAAUGCCUUCCUAGGGGCCUACCAUCCUGGUACACAUCGUAGAUAUCGCAGACGGUGAAGUAGAAUUAAAGUUGUUUUAAGAAAAAAAAAAGUCAAGUCUAGAAUGAGUUUUCUUUAAUUUAUAUAAUUAAUGGAUGGGAGUGGUCCAAGUAAAGGAUCUAUAACCGAUUUGUCAGAUAAACAAGAAAUCGGGGUAAAUUCUUUAAGAUUAAAGAGUAAUUGCGAAGUCCUUUCAAUAAAUCUAGAUCCAUUAAGACCAUCCCUUUUAAAAACAAUUUUUAAACACUCUCAAUAUUCCCAUAAUGUUUAAAGUUAAGAACUUGUGAAUGUUAUUAGUUUUAUAAGUUUUUUGAUAUAAUUAUAUCGAAUGAAACAAAAAUGCGAAAAAUAAUUUCAAAUUCGCAUUUGAAAAUUAUUAUAAGUAUUUAAUUAUUGUAAAACUUGUUU